UCUCUGAAUCAUGUCUUGCUUGUGUAAACGCAGUUAGAGCAAGGGAUGCGUCCACUUUCUCAGCGUUACAAUGCAACAGCCUAUUCAGCAACAAUAGGAAGAAACUUCUUCACAAAUGGAGCCUCAAGCAGCAACCUAUUCACCUCCAGAGGGUACUCAGCCAAUGCAAAGCCAAAAUCGAAAACCGAGUCCAAGGAAAUGGCUGCAAAGAAACAUAGCGACGCAGAGAGAAGAAGAAGGCUUCGGAUUAACUACCAGUUUGAAGCUCUUCGCACAAUUCUUCCAAACUUAAUCAAACAGGAUAAAGCAUCUGUGCUAGGAGAGACUGUCAGGUACUUCAAGGAACUAAAGAAGCUGGUUAAUGAGAUACCAACCACACCAUCUUUAGAAGACAGCUUGAGAUUGGGUCAAUGUAAGAACAGAGACUUUGCGAGAGUGGUGUUCAACUGUAGCGACAGAGAAGGGCUAAUGUCUGAGGUGGCAGAGUCGAUGAAAGCAGCGGAUGCAAAGGCGGUGAGAGCUGAGAUGAUGACAGUAGGCGGAAGAACCAAGUGUGUCUUGUUUGUUCAAGGUGUGAAUGGGAAUGAAGGUUUGGUUAAGCUCAAGAAGGCAUUGAAACCUGUGGUGAAUCGUAAAUUAGAGGCGGAAAACAACAACAAUGCAGGUUCAUUGUUGCCUCAGCAGCAAUGAGUACAUAUCUCUGUUUCUACUAGUGCCAUUAGAGAAGGUAGAUAGAUUAGAUGUAAAAGUAUAUAAAAGCCCAUGUGUUAUUGAAUAUGGGUGGAUACAUACUUAACACAGUCUAUUUAUAUUGUUGCAUCUCUUUCUUUGUGAGUGAUAGCUACAUUAUUAAAAAGAGGUUAAACAAGUAAUCUUCCUUUCCUCACUCCACCACAUUCAUUUUCUAAAAACUCUUCUAUAUGUAUCAAAAGAUGUUCUUCAACACUCUGAACCAAAAAACAACGACCAACUAUUUUUUCCUAACAACAGUUCAGUGGGAAGGCAAACAAGUUUUCUUUUUCAUUCUACACAAGCAAGCAAGCAAAAA